AGAAGACAAAAAAUACUUUGGCACUGACUGACUGAUUGAGCACCCCUCCCAUGAUUCCUCCUUCUUCUUUGUAGCGUAAUUAAUUUUUGGGUGUAGUUUAGACUUUUUUAAAUUCAUCUAAUGACAUGGGACAGGCGGCGUCUAGACAGGAAGCGUUCUGGGAAGCCUGUGGUUUUGGUCACACAGACAGAGUGAGGAAAUUCCUGGAGGAGGGAGAUAUCGACGUCAACUGGGUGUCCUACACUCAUGAUUGCUGUCCAAUUCAUGUGGCCUCUCAGGGAAAGCCUGAUAUUGUAAGAAUGCUUCUGGAGAAAGGGGCAAAGGUCAAUGUCAAGGAUGUGAGGGAUAAUCUUCCAAUUCACCAUGCGGCCAUGAAAGGUCAUACAGAGGUCGUACAGAUAUUGAUAGAUGCUGGAUCAGAAAUCAACACACAAGACAAGAAUGGCUGGACUGCUCUACAUUGUGCUGCUUACUGGAACAAGCCUGAUGUCGUCAAAUGUCUACUGAAGAAUGGAGCAGAUGUCAACAUUGAGAAUAAGGAUAAAAGAUCAGCCCUCCAUGAAACAGCUCGUUCACAGGAGAAGGGCGACUUUGAGCUUGGAGAAAUCGCACAGAGACUUAUGGAGGCAGGAAGUGACGUCAACGCUAAAAGCAGUGACCUUGGAGAGGCAGAUUUCACUGGUCUGAUGUUUGCCAGUUAUCAUAACCACCCAGAAGUUGCCAGCGCUCUUAUCAGUGCUGGGUGUGAAAUCAAUGCAUUUGGAACAAAUCGCUGGACUGCUUUACACUGGGCCUGUGACAGAGGUAAUGAUGAGAUGGUAUUCCUUCUAUUGGAGGCAGGCAUUGACCCUACCAUCAGGGGCUGGAGAAACGAGCUCGCCUCAGACCGUUGUCAAGACAAUGGGAUAAAGGAAAUGGUGAUGAAUGCUGUAAACAUGUUUGACGAGUUGUCUCUCUUAGAUCGCAAGGUUUCCCUUGGUGACAAAAGUGAAGAUGUUUCCAAAACAAGUAUGGAAACCAGCCAAGAGAAACAAAGCACUGGUAAUAUCUCAACAGAGAGAGCUGUAGGACGGGGUGCCAGUCAAAAAGCUCUUAAAAAUGACACAGCUAAUAAAUCAUGCAAUAUAUCUCCUGAUUCAGAAAGCAAGGACACAGUUACAGACAAUGUCAAGUUAAAAGGCAACCCACAGUCAGAAGAUAAAGAUACAGUUAUCAUUAAAUCUGAAAGUGAAACGUGUGUGAAGCAGCUGGAGGGAGUUAGCUCCCCUGGAGAGGAUGACAGUGAACAGGAAAAGAUGGAUGAAGUUAAACAGAUAGAGACACAGACUACCUGUGACAAAAGUCCAGAAGAUACCAGCUGAUGGGUAGCUAAUACAAUGUUAUUGUCAGGCUCAAUCUGUGUGUGUCAGGCUCAAUUAUCUCAUUUCUACAACCCUGUGUGGUCAACACAACCCCUGUGUGGUCAACACAGCCCUUUGGUGCCAUUUGUCGCAGAAAAAAACCCUCUCAUUUUAAUUACCUGUAUAUGACUAAUUGACGUUGUCCAAGAAAAUGUUAACUGUCCUUGUAUUAAUCUUUUGCUCUUUCUUCAAUAAGGCUUCCAUCUAUUCAGUAAGGCUUUGGUAUUUAUCAGCCUUAUAAUUUAAGCUGUAUGGUGUGCAAGUGUGGGGUAAUUUUUUAUUCAUGGAUAUUAUUGACUAGGUAUGUUUAUUAUUCUUGUACUUACCUUGUGCUUAAAGAAAUACUACUUUGCUUAUGAACAACAAUUCAUGAAUAUUCAUAAAGAUCUUUUGAGAAAGAUCCCGCGGUGAGACAAAAUUUGUUCAUGUUUACUAAGUAGAGUUUUUACUCCAUACCAUCAAGAAUUUUUUUCAUCAAAAAAUGAUUGAGUCUGUUUGAUUGCCUCUCUUCUGGUUUCCUGAUUUGGUCAAAUUAACCAGUUUUCCAUUACAUAAUAAUAUGCACUCAUAAAAUCUCAUGAAUACUAUUGAAGCGUUACUGUACAUCGUGUGCAUGCAUUAUCACCAUUUAAUCAAGUGUGAAAUUUUGGAAAGAGAGAACUUUUUACAAUGUAAAUGAAUAAUGGGUGGUAAAUCAUAAUUUUCUGAAAAAAAAUGGAUCAGCUUUAAGCCUUUUUUUUUAAUUCAUCUGGUUAAUAUUACUUUCUACAUAAUUUAUAUAAAACUUUUUAUGUAAAAUCUCUUAAAUUACUGUAUUCUGUGGCUACAUAUAGUUUUUGAAACAUAGAAAUACAUGCAACUUUUUUCUGUCUGUCAACAUUGUGAUAUCAACCGAUUCAUACUUUUUGUUAUCUCAACACAAAAUUAUUUUUAGUGUAAUUUUUAUAAAAAGUUAGUUGAUUGAAUACUGUUUAAACAAAAUACAUAUUAUGUAAGGGAAAAUAACUCAAAUUUCUUUUCCCACUUGUGAAAACAAAAACAUUUGCAUGUUGAUGAUAAUUUUGUGAACACAUUUGAAUAUGGAGUUAUUUCUCCUUUUCUAAAUGAUCAAUUCUGUAAUGUUUGACCUGAUGCGAUGGUCGGUCCUGAGAAAUAUGGACUAAUUUUUAUGGACAAGGAGCAUAUUUAUUGAAGAUUCUUUGACAUUUAAAAGAGCAAUUUAUUCUGUUAAGUAUUUUAUAAGAUAUGACUUAGUACUUGUAUUUUGUGCAAUAUUAAAAGACUUCCCAUUAA